AUGCAGCUGUUCCUGCUCUUGUCUCUGCUGCUGGCCCCGGCACCUGGGUCCUCGGCUCCCAAGAUGAAGCGGCAGAGUGACACGUGGGGCUCCUGGGGUGAUUGGAGCCCCUGCAGCCGGACCUGCGGAGUGGGCGUCAGCUUCCGGGAGCGCCCCUGCUACUCGCAGAGGAGAGAUGGGGGCUCCAGCUGCGUGGGCCCUACCCGAAGCCACCGGUCUUGUCACACGGAGAGCUGCCCCGACGGUGCCCGAGACUUCCGGGCGGAGCAGUGCUCGGAGUUCGAUGACCAUGAGUUCCAGGGCCGGCGGUACAAGUGGCUGCCCUACUACGGGGCCCCAAACAAGUGUGAGCUGACCUGCAUCCCCAAGGGGGAGAGCUUCUACUACAAGCACAGGGAGGCCGUGGUAGACGGGACGCCCUGCGAGCCUGGCAAACGAGAUAUCUGUGUAGAUGGCAGCUGCCGGCUUGUCGGCUGCGACCACAACCUAGAUUCGUCAAAGCAGGAAGACAAGUGUCUGCAGUGUGGGGGUGACGGCACGACCUGCUAUCCUGUCACAGGCACCUUUGAUGCCAAUGACCUCAGCAGAGCGGUGAAGAGCAUCCGUGGUGAGUACUACCUCAAUGGGCACUGGACCAUCGAGGCCGCCCGAGCCCUGCCUGUGGCCAGUACCAUCCUGCACUACGAGCGGGGCACUGAGGGGGACCUGGCACCCGAGCAGCUCCAUGCCCGUGGCCCCACCUCAGAGCCCCUGGUCAUUGAGCUCAUCAGCCAGGAGCCCAACCCCGGCGUGCGCUACGAGUACCACCUGCCGCUGAAUGCCCCUCGGCCUGGCUUCAGCUGGAGCCAUGGCUCCUGGAGUGAAUGCAGUGCUGAGUGUGGCGGAGGUCACCAGUCCCGCCCCGUGUUCUGCACCACCGACAAUGAGGUCUACCCUGACCCCAUGUGCCAGCACCAGCCACGGCCGGCCAGUCACCGCCUCUGCAGCUCUCACCCCUGCCCACAGACCAAGCGCUGGAAGACUGGGCCCUGGGCACCCUGCUCGGCCUCCUGUGGAGGUGGCUCCCAGUCCCGCUCCGUCUACUGUGUCUGGUCUGAUGGGGCUGGCGUCCAGGAGGCCGUCAAGGAGGCUGAAUGUGCAGGUCUGCCUGGGAAGCCCCCAACCACACAGGCUUGCAACCUGCAGCGCUGCGCAGCCUGGAGCACGGAGCCCUGGGGAGAGUGCUCUGUCAGCUGUGGUGCCGGGGUCCGGAGAAGGAGCAUCACUUGCCAGAGUGCUGAGGGGUCGCUGCUCCCUGCCACAGCAUGCCACUUGCAGGACCAGCCGCCUCUCACUGAGCCCUGUGUGCAUGACGACUGUUCCCCCCUCAAUGACCAAGCCUGGCACAUAGGCACCUGGGGUCUAUGCUCCAAGAGCUGCAGCUUGGGCACUCGGAGGCGCCAGGUCAUCUGUGCCAUUGGGCCACCCAGCCGGUGUGAGAGCCUGAAGCUGUGGAAGCCUGCAGACGUGGAGCCCUGUAACACACAGCCUUGUCAUCUUCCUCCCGAAGUCCCCAGCGUGCAGGAUGUACACGCCAGCCCCAGGGUUCCCUGGAUGUCUUUGGGUCGGGAGGCCCCUGCCUCAGAUUCCAGAGACCAGUGGUGGGCUCCCCGGGAGCAGCCCUCAGCCCGGGGUAACCCCAGAGGAGACCUGAGCCCCCAUCUGCCAGCCCCAGGUCCAGCGCCUUCUCUGCAGCAGAUGCCACAGCAGCAGCCCCUGCGGUCUGGCUCCUGGCCCCAUGACUGCAGACACAGCACCCAUGGGUGCUGCCCUGAUGGCCACACCGCAUCUCUUGGGCCACAGUGGCAAGGCUGCCCUGGAACCUCUUGUCAGCAGAGCAAGUAUGGGUGCUGCCCUGACGGGGUGUCUGCGGCUGAGGGGCCCCAUCAAGCCGGCUGUGCAAGGUCUUAUGGUGGCAACAGCGCCAGGAGCAGGCUGGGGUCGAGAGCAGUGGCCUCCACAGCCCCCCAGGCGCACCAGCCCCAGGCCCAGGAGAAUGAGCCCAGUGAGUGCCGGGGCUCCCAGUUUGGCUGUUGCUAUGACAGUGUGGCUUUUGCAGCAGGCCCUUUCGGAGAAGGCUGUGUGGGCCAGCCCAGCUACGCAUACCCAGUGCGGUGCCUGCUGCCCAGCGCCCACGGCUCCUGCACAGACUGGGCCGCUCGCUGGUACUUCAUUGCCUCCGUGGGCCAGUGUAACCGCUUCUGGUAUGGUGGCUGCCACGGCAACGCCAAUAACUUUCCCUCGGAAGAGGAGUGCAUGAGCAGCUGCGGGGGGUCGCGACAUGGGCCCCACCAACAGGCCUCCGGCCAUAACACCCACAGAGAUGGUGGCAGCGGCAGUCCUGGAGGCCAGCGGGAGGCCAGCCAGCACAGUACCAUGGCCACAGGCCAGAGAAAACCCUUGCCUUCUGGUGGCCUCUGGUGGAGAGACUCAGAGCCUGGGCCAGGAGACUCGUACCACACCCAGGCCUUAGGAGAACAGCCUGGGGGCCAGGAGCUGGGGCCCAGCGCCCCUGGACUGGGCAGAGAUGCCUGGCGGCCAGUGCCACCCUCCCACAGCUCCUCCUACAGGAUUAGCUUGGCAGGCUCGGAGCCCUCUCUGGUGCAGGCGGCCCUGGGGCAUGUGGUGCGGCUCUUCUGUCCGGAUGACACCGCCCUGGACCCCCAUACCAGGUGGCAGAAAGACGGGCAGCCCAUCUCCUCUGACAGGCACCGGCUGCAACCUGAUGGCUCCCUGGUCAUCAGCCCCCUGUGGGCAGAGGAUGCUGGCACUUACAGCUGUGGCAGCAUCGGGCCAGGCCGCGACUCUCAGAAGAUCCACCUUCGCAUCACAGGGAGUGACAUGUCCGAGGCUGAGCCAAGGCUCUUCCCUCAGACCAGAAACCCAACCCAGGGCUUCAGUCCUCAGGACUCCAGCCUAGGGGGCGAUGCUGGGGGCUUGGGGACCAUCUCCUCCUCACAUCCGUGGCCCACGACCAGGCUCCGCCUGGACCGGAACCAGCCUGGGGUGGUAGAAGCCCACCCAGGCCAGCGGAUCCGGUUGACCUGUCGUGCUGAGGGCUUCCCGCCCCCCACCAUCGAGUGGCAGAGAGAUGGGCAGCCCCACUCUUCACCCAGACACCAGCAGCAGCCCGAUGGCUCUCUGGUCAUCAGCCACGUGGCUGUGGAAGACGGCGGCUUCUAUGCCUGUGUCGCCUUCAAUGGGCAGGACCGAGACCAGAGAUGGGUCCAGCUCAGAGUUCUGGGAGACCUGACAAUCACAGGGCUGCCCUCUACUAUGACGGUGCCAGAAGGCGACACGGCCAGGUUGCUGUGUGUGGUGGCAGGAGAAAGUGUGAACAUCAGAUGGUCCAGGAAUGGGCUGCCAGUACAGGCCGAUGGCCACCGUGUCCACCAGUCCCCAGAUGGCACGCUGUUGAUCCACAACCUGCAGGCCAAGGAUGAGGGUUCCUACACGUGCAGUGCCUACCGUGGAAGCCAGGCAGUCAGCCGCAGCACUGAGGUGAAGGUGGUCCCGCCAGCACUGGUCACUCAGCCGAGGGACCCCAGUAGGGAGUGCAUCGACCAGCCGGAGCUGGCCAACUGUGAUUUGAUCCUGCAGGCCCGGCUCUGUGGCAAUGAGUAUUACUCCAGGUUCUGCUGUGCCAGCUGUUCCCGCUUCCAGCCUCACGCUCAGCCAGUCUGGCAGCUGGGAUGAAGGCCGGCUCCAGCCCCAGUUCUAAAGCAACUCUUAGAGCUGGGGAGAGGGGCAGGGACUCUCGGUCUCCCCUCUCUGGCUGGCAAAGGGGUGGAGACAUUGCCCCCCACCCACCUCGUGUUUAGCCUCAGCAGCAACCAGCACCAGCCUCCCUCUGAGUCCCCAGCAGUGUCUGCAUCUCUGACAUGAACAAGAGGAGUUUGUUCGGAUAACGACACCCUUUCCUUCUUUCUACAAUUUGUUACACAGAAUCAGCUGACUGCAUUUUAAAAGAAGCCGCUGGGGUUCUCACUUCAUUUAAAGCUGAAUGGGGAGACACGUAAUGAUUUCAAAGUUAACGCCUAGCUCACAUGGGGAACACUAACUCCUGCUGCGACAGAGAAGUAUUCUUGCUAGAACCAGAUCUCAGGUAGGGUCAAACAGUGGUCUACUGCUCUCAUCUCUCUCUCACCCUUCUAGGUAGUAAAGCAACCAGCUUCAAAUCCCAUCUGUGCGUACAGUUAACAGCAGGUUUGUGACAGCUCUCGGCGAAGUGGACUAUAACGUAAGGCUCAGUGCAGGAAUAUGGGAUGAAAGAGUAGCAACUGCAUUAUUAUGAAAGAACUGGAGAAUCUCCUUACUUUCAUCAGGGAGCUGGAGCCUGAAGCCCUCCUUCUGAGGCUGACACGCAGAGCUGGCUGUGAGGAUCAUGGCAUACCUGUAUGGAGCUGACUGCUGGGCCUGCUCUGUGCUGUGACCAACCAGGAGCCUCUCCUCCUCACGGAGGGAUCUGUGAAGCAAAAUGUUCACUGCCAGAUAAAAGCCAUACUAUAAUCAAAAACAGCAACAGCAGGAUGGGGGCGCCAAUGGAGGGGAGGGGUGGGCAGUGUAACAUAAGGAGGUGGCUUCAGAAAUGGACUGAGUUGGAAGAAGUCAUUCUUCACCUCAGAACCUUGAAUUCCUUGCUGCUAAAAUCAGAAGCCUGGAUUCAAUAAGCUUCUGAGUCUCUUUCUACUUGAACCUUCUACAAAUCUUCCCGAGGGCUGGCUGGGCCUAGUGACAGAGGUUAUUCUGGGACACAGAAAAGAAAGGCAUUACAGGGAAAGGUGACUUUUAUUACCACCAUGCUGGCUAGAAAAAGAGACUGUGCCGUGGGUGAGGGACACUUCUCGGUCUCCCUAUCAUCUAACAGAGGAAAUGUGGGCCUGGUCAGAGGUCUUGUCGUCCUUCUGUUAAAAAAAUAUUGAGCAUCCCCGUUCACUUACCACAGCUGGUUCUGCUACAGAAAUCAGAAAAUAACGGCUACUUUCUUGGACUGCCCAGUUUUUUAGUUAAACCAGCAUUUGGCCUAUUGGCGACACUUCGGAAGGUAAAUUUGAGGUUAGCUAGCUCUUCUUAGAACUAGUCACAGAAUAAUGGCCUAAGGUUCAGGUGAGAGUAAAAUUCACUCUAGACCGGUGGGUCUCAACUCUCUUCCAUAUUGGGAGCUUUAAAAAAAACCCCGAACCUUCCCAGAGAUUUGGAUUUAAUUGGCCUGGAGCAUGGGCAGGACCUGAGAAUUUUAAAAGCUCCCCAGGUGAUUCUGAUACGUAUCCAAGGUUGAGAAUCAGUGCUCUAGCCUUGGAUUCUCGAUUGCAAAUCUUGUUCAAAUGCCGUUUCUGCUUACGCGGUCAGGGUGGGGCUGAGCUUCUGUAUCUCUAACCAGCUCCUAGGUGAAGUCCGUGUUGCUGUCCGGAGCACACUUGGAGCAGCAAGAAUCUGACAUUAGAGAUGCACUCAGUAUCAACCAAAGCCUCAAGUAUGAAUAAAAAUCUGAAUUUUAGGAAUAUACUAGUCCCAAAAAAUAAUUUUCUAGCCACCAAACUAAAGA